UCGUAAUUCGUUGGUAGCAUUCAAUGUUUAGUGCCAAACUUGAAGUGAGAAUGAAGAACAGCCUUUUUGUAACGUUUGCUUUGGCAACAUGUCUGCUAGUAAGUCAAGUGCAGGCUCAAGCUACUGUAUCUAUAAACGUUGGAGGAAGUACAAUUACUGUUGCUUCCAACGAUAUUAACACCAUUUUAGCAAUAGUAGCAGCUCUGCAAGCCACAACCACUACGUCUGCAGCAACAACCACGGUAGCUGGAGCGACAACAACAACAGUAGCAGCUACAACAACUACGGUUGCUGCAACUACUACUACAACUACCGCUGCACCAACCACUACUACAACCACUGUAGCUCCAACCACUACUACGACUACUGCAGCUCCAACGACUACUACGACUACUGCAGCUCCAACGACUACUACGACCACUGCUACACCGACUACUACUACAACUACUGCUGCACCGACUACAACUACUACUACUGCAGCACCAACCACUACUACUACUGCAGCACCAACCACUACAACAACCACUGCAGCUUCAACCACUACUACGACCACCGCAGCACCAACUACAACGACGACGACUGCAGCUCCAACAACAACUACGACUACAGUAGCUCCAACAACCACAACUACCGCGGCUGCCACAACAACUACCACCACGGCUGCCCCAACGACUACUACAACUGUAGCGGCCACCACAACAACAGUUGCUCCUAUUACUGUAACUGUCACUGUUAAUGGAGCAAGUGUAACAGUAUCCUCCUCAAAUAACUCCUUGGUAAAUGUAGUUCUUCAGCUAAUCUCAAGUUUGACAGCGACGACCACUACGACUGCACCUACAACGACCACCACCACGGCAGCGACUACUACGACAGCUGCUGCAACAGCAGCGGCCACCGCUACUACAACGACUGCUGCUGCAACAACCUCUACCACGACUACUGCAGCUGCAACGACCACCACAACUACUGCUGCACCGACUACAACGACCACCACUACCGUGGCCCCAACAACAACGACCACUACUACCGCAGCGCCGACUACAACGACCACUACUACCGCCGCAACUACGACCACUACCAGAAGAACGUGUGGAACUCGUGCUCCAAUCGGAGGAUUGGGUGGAGGCUUCGGUAUCGUAGGUGGUCUUGGUCCCCUUGGCUUUGGACUGGGUGUCCGAGGUGGAAUCAGAGGCUUCGGAGCACCGCAGGUCGGAGGCUUCGGAAUCCUGCCAGCCAUUGGUAACGUCGCUCGUACUGUUGUGGGUACUGGCUUGAACGUGGUUGGGUCUGCUGCAAAUCUCGCCGGAAAUGUUGUCGGUGCCGCCGGUAACUUAGCGGGUGGAUUGCUAGGAGGAGUAGGAAGUGCUGCGGCAGGAAUCGGCAGUGGAGUUAAUGCACGAUUGAGCGCUGGUAUUGGUGGUAGAGCGGGCGGACGAAACGGUCGUUUUGGAGCAGGUUUCGGAGGAGGGUUCCGCCUGGGUGUAAUGGGUUAAGCAGUGCAGAUGGAAUGUUUACCUGUGCAAGUAGAUCAUGAGCUCAGCAGAAAAAUAAAGAAUCCAUGCAAUGAACA